UCCCCUCCCCGUCUCUCCCCAAUCUACUAGUCUCCUCUGAAUCCCCGCGAAGUUAUUCGCUCAUCUUCUCGCUAGAGUCCGGACGGUGAGGAACCGGCUGCUGAAGAGUGGGUGCUGGGGUGACUGUGGUGGUACCGAGUGUGCGGGCGCCCUGGAUAAAGACACCAAGGCCCAGAGAGAUUGAUUUAUCCAGUAUCAUACAGAUGAUAAUAAUAGAGCUGAGAUUCAAAUUCAGUCACACAAAAUCUCAAGGGACAGUUAAAGAUCGACUUUAAAGAACUUUGGGGACCUUACAAACUAGUUUCAGACUGGUGACAUUGCAGCAAUGGCAGAGUAUGGAAUCUCAACUGGUCAGCGUGUGGCAGUGAUCUGGGAUAGGUCAUCUUCGGUGGAGGCUCUGAAAAGUCUGGUGGAUAAACUACAGAAACUGGCUGGUGACGAGAGUCACGUGUCUGUGGAAAACAUCAACCAACUAUUACAAUCUGCUCACAAAGAAUCCAGCUUCGAUGUUGUUCUGUCGGGUCUGGUUCCAGGAAGUACAAUAUUGCACAGUACUGAAAUUUUGGCAGAAAUUGCUAGGAUCCUUCGACCAUGUGGGCAAGUCCUUCUGAAAGAGUCAGUGGAGACAACCUCAAUUCAUGAAAACAAAGUGAAGACAGCAGCUAACUGCUCAAUCCUGAAACUUUCUGGGCUUGUGGAAGUGAAGGAGUUGCAAAAAGAAUCCUUAACCCCAGAGGAGGUACAUUCAGUACAAGAGCACUUGGGUUACCAGAGUGACAGCUUGGUCUCUGUUCAAGUCAUAGGCAAAAAACCAAACUUUGAAGUAGGCUCUUCUACCCAGCUUAAGCUUUCCUUCCCCAAGAAGUCUGCCAUAUCAGAGAAACCUGCUGUGGAUCCUAAUGCUGCCAAACUGUGGACACUUUCAGCCAAUGAUAUGAAUGAUGAUGGCAUGGAUCUCAUUGAUUCCGAUGAACUCUUGGAUCCAGAGGAUUUGAAGAAGCCAGAUCCAGCUUCCCUACGAAUUGCUUCAUGUGGAGAAGGGGCAAAAAGGAAGGCCUGUAAAAAUUGCACGUGUGGCUUAGCAGAAGAACUGGAACAGGAGAAAAUGAAGGAGCAGAAGAGGUCCCAACCCAAGUCAGCUUGUGGAAAUUGUUAUUUAGGUGAUGCCUUCCGCUGUGCCAGCUGCCCCUACCUUGGGAUGCCAGCCUUUAAACCUGGAGAGAAAAUCCUUUUGAAUGAAAAAAAUCUUCACGAUGCCUAAAAGACAAAAUCACUGGGACUUGUGGGGAUUAUUCCAUUUCAAAAACUGACUCCAGCACUCAUUUCAGCAACCCUUCAAGCCCUAUCUGUUUGCCUCAUGCCUCCUUGGUUCUGCCUACACUCUUGUGAUGGGAUCCUAGAUGGGGUUGGCUUGGUAGAUAUGCAGAAAUUUGGGUAUCUGUGCUGCUGUGAACCAAAGUACUGAGAUAUAAUCAGCCAGAUUAAUUUGCAUUGGGCUAUCUGAUUCUUCGGUGGUAUUUGAAAGGAAGGUAUAGGGAAUUUCCAUCUAAUUAAUGCUGGCAGAAGGAGAUAUACACUAGAGAAGUUACCUUCUCCAUGUUAGCAUUUGGUAACCUGAUCACACUGUAUUUGGGACCUGAGCCCAACCUCUCUUGUCAGCUUGGAUCAUAUCACCCUUGAACAUGAUAGUUUUCCUUUAGUGUUAAACUUCUGUGAUGUAUUGCCAGAUCACAGAUCUGCCUCCUAAAUUGAUCGAUAAUUUAACUAAUCGUUUUAUGAGCAAGCACAUUUAUUCAGUUUGUGGUUAUUGGAAAAGAUAGUCAAGUGUUGUAUGAACUCCUUACGGUAACUAGCUUCCAGUCCAAAUGGAUUUCUGAAAACUUGAACCAUUCGUAUUUUUUAAUUAAACCCAGCCUCACUGUCUCAAA